AUGACCUCUAAAGACAACAAGAUCACCGACUGGGUAAACCCCAAUGACAAGUCGGGGGAGUUUAAGCGGCAGCAGAGCUCCUUCAGAAACUGGAUCUCCAAGGAAAAGGGCGCCAAGUUCCCGGCCGAGAAGGGCAGAUACCAUCUGUAUAUCAGCUAUGCUUGCCCCUGGGCCAAUCGUACCCUCAUUGCCCGAAAGCUGAAGGGUCUGGAAGACAUUAUUUCUUUCUCCGCCGUCCACUGGCACAUGGGCCCGAAAGGAUGGCGCUUCCCAACCUCCGAGGACAAGGACGCCCCGGGCGAGAACGUUAUCCCCGAUCCCGUGCAAGGCCACGAGGGUUUCACGCACCUGCGCGACCUCUACUUCAGUGUCGACCCGGAGUACCAGGGUCGCUUUACAGUGCCUGUCCUGUUUGACAAGGUUCAGAAGACCAUUGUGAACAACGAGAGCAGCGAGAUCUUGCGCAUGUUUGGAACCGAGUUUGACGACAUUAUCGAUGAGAAAUACCGUAGCGUGGUGCUGUAUCCCAAGGAACUCCAGCAGCAGAUCGAGGAGGCACACGUUUGGCAGUACGACCAGAUCAACAAUGGUGUCUACAAGUCCGGCUUUGCCACCACCCAGGAGGCGUACGAGAAGGCCGUCACAACCCUGUUUGAGGCGCUCGACAAGGCCGAGGCGCAUCUGGCCUCCGGCGAGGGCCCCUACUGGUUCGGAAAGGAGAUCACUGAGGUUGAUAUCCGGCUGUUCGUGACCAUAAUCCGAUUUGAUCCCGUCUACGUGCAGCACUUCAAGUGCAACAUCCAUGACAUCCGGUCGGGCUACCCGGCCCUGCACCGCUGGAUGCGGCAUCUGUACUGGAAGGUGCCCGCCUUCGGCGAGACGACAAACUUUCAGCACAUCAAGUUCCACUACACCAAGAGCCACACCCAGAUCAACCCCCUGUCUAUCACCCCCGUCGGCCCGCUGCCCGACAUCCUGGGGCUUGACGACGAGGUCCCGGCGGCGAAGGCCGCGGCGGCCGGGAAGCGGUAAUCGCCGAGGAGGAGCAGGAGCAGGUGCUGGUGCUGGUGUGUCCAGGAGGUGUAAUUGGACUUACAAGGACGGAACGAAGAGCACGGAAUUCAUCUGUCAAACGAAGUAGGAAAGAGCGGCAGUGAGAUGACUAGCAGGCGCUGCUGUAUUCUUUUUCUUUCUAUCUGGCUGCACCAUAAAAACUCCUAAUAUAUCCAACCAGUCCAUCGAAAUGAGAUCUUACAGCCAAAAGGGAAAGCCCCCCCCCCCCGGUUGCAUCGCCUAGCUACGCUGAUACGAAUACAUCCGUAGCCGCGAGGAAAGCACCACAAGGAAAAAAGGAGAGAGAAAACAAAGCAUA